GUGCACUAACAACAACAUGCUACUCCAACCAGAGCAACACACUGUGCCUUCUAUCCUUGAUUCAAUCCUCUUCCCAAAAGCAAUGCAAGAUCUAAAGCUCCUCAUGCUCACCUACUUUGAAACCAGUGCAGAAGCCUCAAGACUUUGCAGCCAUCUCUUGUCAAGCAUCAAUCAGGCUCACUAUGAUUUCCACUUCAUCAAGGAAGCUCUUGAAAAAAUCAAUGAUGGCUCUUCAAUUCAAGAAACAAACCUAGCAGUCUCUCAACUUGUUUCCUUCACUCUCUCUGACAAUCCACUCUCCAACACUGAUCAACAUGAAUUCAAACUAAUGCAAGAUAGGUAUACUGCCAUUUUGCACCAACUUAAAAGCAAGAAGAAGAAGGUGACAAGAAGAAUGAAGUUCAUACAUGGUUUAAAGACGGUUGCCGGUGUUUGCCUUAUAGUGGCUUGCAGUGUGCUCGCUUUGGUUGCAGUCGUCAUCGCCGUGCAUUCACUCUCCGGUCUGCUCAUGGGGCCAGCUUUGCUAGGAUGUACACCAUUUGUUCAGCUCAAGAAGAAGUUCAGCAUGUUUAGACUGUUUAGAAGUAGGUUUCUACGAAGACUAAUGGAACAGCUUGAUGCUGCUGCAAAAGGGACUUAUAUUCUUAACCGGGAUUUCGAUACAGUAAGCCGAUUAGUUUCUCGGCUUCACGAUGAGUUUGAGCACAAUAAAAUGAUGAUUAAGUUUUGCCUUGAGAGGAGAAACGAUCGGGUUCUGAUCGAAGAAGUUGUGAAGGAGUUGAAGAAGUGUGGUAGAGGACUUGAACAACAGAUUGAAGAGCUUGAAGAACAUGUCUUCUUAUGCCUUGUGACUAUUAAUAGAGCCAGGCUUUUAGUCAUCAAUGAAAUUUCUAAACCACAACCAUAA